AUGAUGCUUCAACGUAUAAGCAAACACUGUGCCGAGACGCAAGCCAACCACAGCAACUGUAUUCCUUUACGUCGCCUCCGUCACCAACCAGUGACGGAGGUAGCUAGGUUUCCUUUGCCGCCGCAGCGGCGGCUAUCCUGGCCAGAAGGCUCCGCACGGGAUACUACCGGCAGCGUUCCCGCGGUACUGCUGCCGCCACGCUUCUGCGGCUCGAGCCGGGCCGCCCCCCGCGCGGAGCUGCUAGCAGCGGCCGCACCCGCAGCUUUCAAACCUCGGGCGCCUUCCCGCCUCUCUAACGGCUGCGCGCUCACCGCGCCGCCCCGCAACAAGCGCGCCAAUCGUGAGGUUCACAGAAUACUAGGCAAGACACCCUGGCUUUGGAAUACCAGACAGUGCUGGACUGGUUACCCAUAUCAGCCACUGAUGCCUGACCUUCAUUAUUACUACAUUGCUGAAUUAUCUUUCUACUGGUCCUUAAUGUUUUCUCAGUUCAUUGACAUCAAAAGAAAGGAUUUUGGCAUCAUGUUUACACAUCACAUUGUAACAGUCACCCUGAUAACCUUCUCAUAUGUAACCAAUUUGACACGAGUGGGAACCCUGACCUUAUGUCUCCAUGAUGCGGCUGAUGUUGUCCUAGAGGCUGCCAAAAUGGCAAACUAUUGCAAGUGUCAAAAACUGAGUGACCUUCUGUUCCUUACGUUUGCCAUUGUCUUCAUUGUCAGUAGGCUUGGCAUAUAUCCUUUAUGGAUAUUAAACACUACAUUGUUUGAACUGUAUGAAGCUUUGGGCAAUUUUCCUGCCUUGUGGGUCUUCAACGUGCUGCUUCUGGUUCUUCAAAUUUUGCACUGUUUUUGGUCUUAUCUAAUAAUAAAGGCAGCCUACAAAGCUAUUUCAAAGGGCAAGGUAACAAAGGAUGACCGAAGUGACAUUGAGUCAAGCUCAGAUGAGGAAGAAACAGUACCUCGUUCAAAGACCCUGCACAGCACUAUCACCACUAAUGGGACUGGUGGUGCCAAUGGGACAAACGGGUAUCUUACUGGUAGCACAUGCUCAGAGGAGCAUUAAUCUUUGAGUGUCACAAGACAUAAACAGAAUGGACUGUUUGCUACUGUAAGUAAAUUAGAAGUUGUGAAUGCGGUUUCUUCAUAUAUCUCAGCAUCAAAAAAAUUAGGAGUAUCAAAGCAUUCUGAUAGUGCACUGCCAUACUCCCUGUUUGUGAAUGAAGAUAACACAUCAUUCUGUAUACGUAGGUAGGCAUGCUGUAUGUGUGUAUGUAAUUGACACAGUGGGAGCAGUAUUUUCACUUGUACCAUAUUUGAAAUAUUAUUUAUUCUGUAUUCUUUCUGGGAACUUCUGGACAAAAGGGAACAUCUAUUCUCAAACUUUAUCUCUUGGGAUUCUCAGUGGUUGAGAGUAUCAUGCUCUGAUCUCUCCUGUCCAUCCUUGUUGCUUUUGCUGAGUCUGCUAUAAAUAAUAGUUGCUUUAUUUGUUACUUACAAAAGAUAGAACAUAGCUUUGCAGAUUCUAGUUUUGCUUCAGAUUUUUUUGUUACCUUUGUGUUUAAAGUGCUUGUUUUGAAACUGCCUAUCGAAUCACAUUGGCCAUUCCUCCAACAUAAAGUUUUAAAAGACUGGAUUUAUAUUUUGAAUGCUAGGUAAUAUGGUCAAUUAGCAAUUAGGGAAAAAAGAACCAUUGUGAUUGUGCAAAUGUUAUUUUAGCAUAACUUAAAAUUCAAAAUUGGUG